AUGACCCCUCCACAUCAUCCCGAGGCCCAACUCUCCGCCCACAUCUCCAACCUCACCAGAGGCAUCUGUCAAAAGAUGGCACAGCCUCCAAGCACAAGCAGCGCAACGAUAGCGCACAUCCAAUCCCUACAGAACCCAGACGAUGUCUUCAAGACCUUUGACCGGUGGAAUUGGCGCAAGAACCGUGCCUUUCUUAUGCCGCUCAUAGCCGCCCUCGGCGGGCCCUCGCAACUCUCCCAGCCCAACCCUUCGCACAGGGGCAUAUCCACCUACUGCCGCGUGAUGUACUACAAGACGCAGACCGGCGUCCAGAUCGACCUGACCGCCUACAACACCUGGCAAGCCUCCUCCGCCGCUCCCGGCGUCGAUGACGAGGUCCUCGCCGCCCUGUACGCCGCGGCGCAGCAGCUCGCCGCGGACGGCAAGCUCGACAGGCCCGACGCCGACCGGCAGACCGCCCAGCUCGCCGCCGCGUGGGAACCGCCCGCCGCGGGGCCGAGCUGGCAGCAGAGCGCGCCGCGGACGGAGCUCCGCAUAAACCGGGAGGCGGGCGCCGGCGGCUCGGCGGCGGGCGGCGACGCACCCCAGCAGCCGGCCAAUUUCGCCAAGAUCAUCGAGGCGGUGCAGAGCGGACGGCCGCCCGAGGGCAUCCGCGAGAUUCCCAAUACCAUUGCCCGCGCACCGGAUGUGACACCCUUUGGAAAGAUGGCUGCGCCGAGGAAACCGUGGGAGAGAGCAGCGCCGGCUGUUGAAGAGCAGCGCCGUUCGACACUAGAUCGGGAGUUUCCUGCAGUGGAGGAAGAUGCCAACGGCGACAAGCCUGCCGAGGCGGCAGCCUAG